AUGAGAAGGAUGAAGAUGAGGAUGAUGAAGAUGAGGAUGAUGAUGAUGACAAUAAGGAUGAUGAGGAUGAUGAAGAUGAGGAUGAUGAUGAGGAAGAGAAGAAGGGAUGAGAAGGAUGAGGAUGACAAGGAUGAAGAUGAGGAUGAUGAAGAUGAGGAGAAUGGGGAUAAUGAUGGGGAGGAGGAGGCUGAAGAUGAGGAUGAUGUGAAGAUGAAGAUGAAGGAUGAUGAGGAGGAUGACAAGGAUGAGGAUGAUGAGGAUGAUGAAGAUGAGGAAGAAAACAAGGAUGAGAAGGAUGAGAAUGACAAGGAGGAAGAUGAUGAGGACAAAGACGAGGAUGAAGAUGAGGAUGAUGAGGAUGGAGAUGACAACGAUGAAGAUGAGGAGGAUAAGAGCGAGGAAGAGGAUGGCAAAGAUGAGAAUGACAAAGAUGAUGAAGGUGAGGAUGAUGAUGAAGAUGAAGGAUGAUGAAGAGGAUGAUGAGGACAAUGAGGAUGAUGAUGAAGAUGAGGAUGAUGAGGAUGAGGAAGAGAACAAGGUUGACAAGGAUGAGGAUGACAAGGAUGAAGAUGAAGAUGACAAGGAUGAGGAUGAUGAUGGAGAUGAUGAAGAUGACAGAGAUGAGGAUGAUGAGGAUGAUGAGAAUAAGGAAGAUAACCAAGAUGACGAUGAUGAAGAUGAUGAGGAUGAUGAAGACGAGG